AUCCAGAGAGAGAGAGGGACUCACAGGGACGCUCAUCGCAACACACUGGGAAUCAAACCUGCGCUGCUCUGCUGCUUGUAUCAGAUUUUUUUUUUUGAAUAAAAAACACACUGGACCACAGUUACCAUCAUGAAGGAAAGGAGAAAUACACAACCGCUGGUCGUGAGAUGUAAACUGGUUCUUGUGGGAGACGUUCAAUGCGGAAAAACAGCGAUGUUGCAAGUCCUGGCGAAGGACUGUUAUCCAGAGACCUACGUGCCCACGGUGUUCGAGAACUACACGGCCUGUCUGGAGCUGGAGGAGCAGCGAGUGGAGCUCAGUCUGUGGGACACCUCAGGUUCUCCAUACUAUGACAACGUGAGGCCUCUGUGCUACAGCGACUCAGACGCAGUGUUGCUGUGUUUUGACAUCAGCCGUCCCGACACUGUGGACAGCAGCCUGAAGAAGUGGAAAACUGAGAUCCUAGACUUCUGUCCCAGCACACGCAUCCUGCUCAUUGGCUGUAAGAUUGACCUGCGCACAGACGUCUGCACGCUGAUGGAGCUGUCCAAUCAGAAACAGACUCCCAUCGCCUAUGAGCAGGGCUCUGCUAUGGCCAAGCAGCUGGGUGCAGAGGCUUACCUUGAGUGCUCGGCGUUCACUUCGGAGAAGAGCAUCCACAGCGUGUUUCGCACCGCAGCGAUGGCCUGCAUCAACAAGCUGCAGCCGCUCCAGAAGCCCAGCCCCACACGCCGCCUCUCCAAAAGACUGCUCCACCUGCCCAGCAAGUCGGAUUUGCUCUCCUCCACCUUCAAGAAGGAGAAGGCCAAGAGCUGCUCGGUCAUGUGAGUGAAGACCUCUCGGGUUACAGUCCUCACAUGCGACCCCCGGCCCCCUGCCUCUUUGGUCUCGGGGAAGGGGGGGUGGGCAUGAUGGUUUUAUCAGGGCUUCCUGCUGAAUCCUUCCCUCACCCCCCCGGAAACCAAAACGCCCCUCAGAAGAGGUGGACACCUCGCUGUCCACUUGCUCCUGAACCUUUUAGCGCACAUCCAUCUUUCUCCACUACUGUUAAUCUUGCUUUCAAACAAACAGUGUCAGUCAAGGUUUGAUCAUUGAGCUCUCAUGUCUUCACCUGUAAACAGUAUGCAACUAAACUGGUGUUACAUCUGUCUGAUUUUACUCUCUCUAGGCACAUGUUGAUUUUGUCCAAUAUGUGCAACGUGUGACGUUUAAUCUUGUGAUGUAAAUGCCUCUUAGACAAUUCAAUGGAUCUUUUUCUAAGUGCAAAAAUAAAUCUAGCAUGAGACCGUCAGGAAUUAGCAAAAAUCCUGCACAUCCCUCUUAUCAAAGGUGUGUGUGCGGUGCAAACUAGCUUGUUGCUGUUGUCCCUAUUUAGGCCUGUGAGAGCGCAGAGGGAGUGGGACAGGCCACAGUGAGAGCUGUUACACAGAGGGCUGUUCUCAUCGUCUCAGUGGUGAUGAGAGCAGGGAUAAGAGCUGUGAGUGCCGACAGCAGUCUAGACUAUAUCAACCUGCAUGGAUUGUUGAUGCAUGGUUGUGUAGCUCUGCUCCCGCGCACAGGCUUUCAGUGGACUACUGGGAGGAGGAAAUGACGAUACACGCAAAAUAAAAAUAAAGGGAAGUUUAACUGUGCUUCCGGUGUCUGCUGUCACAGCUGGAGUCUUACUUUUAAAAAAAACUGUUUUGGUGACGGGACAGACACUUGAUUUGUACUGACGAGAAGAGACUCUGUUGUUGUUGUGACCAGGAGCAUAAACACAAACGGUUCAAUGGCUGUUCAGAGUGACUUAUGAAGCCGUGGCUGGUUAUUGACGCCAGCGCUGCGAGGCUUAUUUAAAAAAAGCGGAUGAUGCCUGUAGUCGCCUACCUGGUUCAGGCUCACUUCUAACGGGAGGAUCUGGUUUGUAAUUUCGAAUAUUUCUCAGAAGAUUUGUAGCAUUGCAUCGUUGACAGUUUUCCAACCAAUCUCAGAUGGCUUGCAGUUUUUGAAAAAAAAAAAAGCCUUUCAUAUCACUUACCCAGAAGUCACUGAGAUUUUUUGACGACUGUAAUAUGCCUGUGGAUUUCUCUCAAUUCCAACAAUUCAAUGUAGCACUCGCAACCCGACUAUUCUUCCGAGAUGAGUUUUGUGUCUCUUGUUUAUCUAUUGACCUCCAAUAAGCAGCUCUUACUAUAAGCUACAACGACUGCGGCGCAAAAACAUGGACCCUUUUCCUGAGCUUAAAUCUUUGACUUCAUGGUUAUGUUUGUGUGCAGCAUUGAUCUCUGUGCUUCUAACCAUAAAGCAAUAAUGAUUUAAGUGCUUGUGAUGCAAGGCAACCCGUGUGGCAAUAAAGACGGAGCUUUGUGAUUACUGUCAUGCUCUAAAUGCUCCAUGGACAUGUGAGCGAAAACCAUCCCUGCUGUACAAAGAGGCUGUUGAUCUGUGUUUGCCCCUCCCCCUCCGUGUAGCCACUGGUAUAUAAAAUAACCAAUGACGACAUCAUAGUAGUAAAAAAAAAAUCGGCGUAUGCGAAUAAGAGGGAACAACAGCGUUGGAGACUUUCCUGUCAAUUUUACAUAAUCAUAAUUUUAAAAAGGUACUGAGGCAGUGGAGACUUUCUUGAAUUGCUUGUGUGAGUUGACAGUGACAUGCUUUUCAAAUUGGAAAAAAAAACUUAAAGUCUUAACAAUCAUCUUGUAACAAGGGCUAGUGUGUGGGGGAAAUGAAAUAAUGUGGGACUAAGGAGAACAAGUAAACAAGAACUCAACAUGCACAGGCUGGCCCUGUCCAAAGAAAGUUAUUUUUCCAUUAUUCUUUUUUUUGUAUUUAAAUGCAUGAUGUGCGUACCAGUGUUGUUUUGGAAAUACCUCCCUGAGAUGGUUGUAGCGUCUUGAUGAAGCCGGGGGCUUCCACUUGGUGGUCGCAGGAACUUAAAGGGGUGAUUUGCACAAAGGCUCCCAGUUCACGGUCACAGACUAAAAUUCCUCGGCAUUGCCUAGCAACAAUUCAGCGUAGGAAACACGGAGACUGGCUGUUGGGUUGAUUGUGUGGACAGAGGCGGUUGGCUCACAAGCAGACAUCCCCACAUUUGUUAUUUAAGCAUCAGUUAUGCAUUUAUUGCCAGGUUUGUUUAAAAAAAAAAAAAGAGGUUUUCUUGAUGUUUUUCUUGGGGUCAGCGCUGUGAUGCCAGGAUGUCUGAAGAUGGGACAGACCUUGUCGGUUAAUAUGCAGCCUUUGUGUAGUAGUCAGUGUGUGGUGCAACGGUGCAGUCAAACUCCUAAGCAUGUCUUAUUAAAGUUGUAUGAUUGUACAUACUGUCUCCUGUUUUAUAAUCACUGUAAGAUAUUGUCAAGGAUGUCAAAUGGAAAUAUUGUUAUUGAUGUGAUUAUUUAUUUAGUAGCUAAUUUUUUUUUUUUUGCCUUUUAUUGGUCGACAUGUACAUUUGUUUAAAAUCAAUUUGGGAAUUUAAUGUUUUUUUCUUUUGUUUUUUGUUUUUUUCCCUGUGUUGAAUAAAGCUUGCCCUGUCUGGCACCCUUGAA